CGAACAUCCACAUAGUCAUCGUUCAGCCCACGCUCCCUGCGCCCCUCCCUGCGACCAAGUCGAGUAUCAGCCUGCCUCCCUCGUACUCCUCCUGCUCGGACCCCCAGUAGGUUAUCGUGGAUUAUCCCUCAAACGUUAUCUUCCAAAACCAUCCCACUCUCUCUCACCCACGGGCCCUAGCGUGUCCUCGAUCGGGAUAUUCCAAGCCUGGGAGGGAGGACCCUAGAGCCUAUCCCAAUCCUCCUUUUUCUUCGGAUCGGGUACCUAGCAGUACAUACAAAUCACGGCUGUACACAUGCCACGGCCCUUUUAGUCAAGCUCGCCUCUGUUGGUUGAACCUUGAUCAGGAAUCCCGAGUGGAUCGCUUGUGGACACAGACACAGACACACACACGCACACACCGCCGUGGAGGAAGGAAAAGCAAACACGCAACAGGUCGCCUCUCCUUGACGACCUGCCACUGGGACCUACUGGAGCUGCUGGGCCUAGCAGUCCAGGCGAGGAUUGUCGGCUGCAAUCACGUCAGUUCCGACCGCGCAGGCUGACUGCUCUUGUAACAUAACACCACAUGCAAGCGACAAGCCAGGCCUGUCACUAAGCUGGCUUGUGUGUUUGUUGAACCCGUCUGCUUGCUCCCUACUUGCUAGUGCUGGAUACGCUCGGAGGCCACAGGCGACCGUGGAAUAGCGCCGCAAGCUACACCUGGAUUCCCACCAGAUCCCUCCCGAAGGGUGGACGGCCCUUGCAUGCGCAACUGAUUCGCCCUGCGCCCUCGUUCUUGUGCCACGGCUCUUUGUUGUCAUCUUUUUUUUCCUCGCUCGUACCCAUAUUUAUCCUAUCAUCCCGCCUUCCCUCUGACUGUCUUUCUUCUCAGCAUGACCCUUUCCGCAGACACUGACUGCAGUUAUGGCACCGCGCGACCAGAGCCCAAUGCCACCGCCUCCACCUCCCAACUCGCCCGUCCUGAAGCGUUGUCGCAAUUAAAAGCUCGCAUCAAGGCGGGCCUGAAGACCUAUCCCGAUUUCCCAAAGAAAGGCAUCCUCUUCGAAGACAUCCUCCCCCUCUUCGCCUCGCACUCCCUCCACGAGGACUUGAUUCGUGCAUUUGAGCUACAGAUUGCCGAAUCGCUUGGUCCGCACAACAUUCCUGAUGUGAUUGUCGGCCUCGACGCGAGAGGUUUCCUCUUUGGCCCGACACUAGCCUUACGCUUCGGCGCCGGAUUUGUUCCUGUCAGAAAGGCAGGCAAACUCCCCGGAGAGAUCGAAACAGCAGAGUAUCAGAAGGAAUAUGGCACCGACACCUUUGCCAUGCAGACUUCCGCCAUCCAGCCUGGCCAGAAAGUUCUGGUGGUCGACGACCUGAUCGCAACAGGCGGUUCGGCAGCGGCAGCAGGGACACUGGUCGAGAAAUGCGGCGGCCAGCUGAUCGGAUACGUCUUCAUCAUCGAACUCAGUUUCCUCAACGGUCGAGACAAGCUCAACGCCCCGGUUUUCACGCUCCUUGAGAGUCAAGAAGAAUGACUGGGAGACCGCACCCUCAGGCUCACCAUGAUGAAUGCCACAACUCGAGAUGCCACUUUGGCCAGGUCGAGACGGGCGGUUACCCACCAGCCACCUCAGACUAAUCUCAACUACAUACCACUCCAGAAUCCUAUGUGUAUUACCGGUGUUUGCAGGCUCAGCGGUGAACACAACAUAUCCAACGGGGAAACGGUUCUCCUCGGUUGGUACCCAAACGAGAACCCUGAAAUCCUAUCAUUUUCGGCGUUUUUGUUGAAAGAUUCAAUUAGGUUACAGAUGAAAUGCUUGCGAGAAGACCUAAUGUCGAUAUUCAAGUCGAGUCGAGCUACUGUCCGACGCUGCCUCGAGUCUUUCCAGUCAUCGAGUAAGCGGCACGUAGCUCCUCUCGAACAUUGCUUGACGGAGAAGGCUGAUCUGAGGAUUAUCAGCCAGAUGAGCUGGCCAGAUUGAGCCACUCCAAGGAGAUGUGAUGGAAGGGGCGAGGCUGGGGAUGCCUUGGUAUUCUUCGCAUCAGUCAGUCAAUCAGUGGUGAUGGAGCAGCUAUCGUUGACUCAGGCUCACUAUACGAGGCUUGGUGUUGUCUGUCAGGGCGUUAUUGCAGCAAGGAUAGAGAUAGAUUCCAAAAGCAUCUUCAAUGAUACCAACAGACAAUUGACAAAGUCGAAAAAA